GUGCCGUAGAGACAGUAAUGUGACCACAGACGCCGUUAGGAUUCCGUGAAAUGGAGCGUUAUGUAUGACCCUGCAAAGGCCCGUGGAGAUGUUUGAGGCCGGACAUUAAAUGACGCUGAUAUAUGAAAAUAACCGGGGUCCGCGCGAAGGCGAGCGUGCGCAAUGUUGAAGGAGCGCGUGAAAUAGAGUUUAUAUUCUCUAAUUGUCGGUGAGUGAGUGAGUGGGCUAACUUAACACCAAGAGGAUUAGACUCCUGUUACAGUUAGGCAACCGAUAUCUUAUGACUGGAGCAAUGUGAAACGCUGAUAUCGCUCAUUCCUUCAGUAUAUUGAGGAAUAAUAAUGAACAACGCGCAAGAUAUGUCUCCCGAUUUUGUCUUAAUGCGCCUGGUCUCCGCGGCCGAGGAUGACCGCUUGGACGAGGAGAAUGGGAAUCUGUCGUCGACAGUGCAGGAGGUCUUGGCUCAUGGAGGUAUUAAGGAUAACUUUGAAUGCACACAGAAUCAAAUGGUCGGCCUUGCCCGACACGGCCAUAUCUCAGUGGUGAACAAAGCUCCGCAAGCCAGCGGAACGGAGGCACCUGACAGUGGAGUGAUGGCGACUAGACCUUCGCUGUCUGUACCGCCUCCCGCUCUUCAUUCGACCGAGGCCCACGGCUACGAUCUCACCCACAGAGGCGGAAUGGGGCCUCAGCUGUUGGUAUUCCGAAACAUAUCGAGAGACUCUACUGCAAAUAAUUCGGAUGAUCCGCGUCAAGUCAGGGCUUUUGAGGAACAAGCGGUGCGUGCCUCCGAGUCUAGCGGCAGCAUCAAUAACAACAUGCUCAGCGCCGUGGAUGCUCAGCAUCCUCCUUCAUGGACGCUGCAUCCACAGCACAAGCUGCCGACGAUUGCUGCAGAUGCGGAGGCAGCAGAGCUGUGCCACCGGCAUCGUUUGAUCACUGACAAACAAGACUGGAUGCCUGUAACGGAUAAAACCAACGCUGUUUCGAUGACAGAGCCCGGCUGGAGCUGCACAACGGCGCAGCGACAGCUCCAGCUGCCCGACGGUCCUGUGUUAGAGCUUGCGAGGAAAUUCGGGGAGCUGGGAGUUGCUCCGGUAACCGAAUUUUUACUCAAAGACGGCGAGCUGCCGCACUGUUCAUGUCAAAGCCUUCUCGGUUCGGCGGUAGCUGGAAUCAGACAAGGCGAGGACCCGACCGAGACCAGUGAUGCGCUGCUUGUGCUGGAGGGCCUCGGGUCAGAAGAGGUGAAUGGCCUGGGCAUCAAUACCUGUCAAAAGACUGAGUCACACAAUCUGGAGCACGGGCAGAGGGACUUGGUGAACACGAUGCCAGGUGCGUUUACACUCAAAUGUUUCCCGUCGGUACUGUCCGGACAAGCUAUGGGGGUCUCAGGGGGACUUUGCACGCCGGCAUGUAGUGAAUCGCGGCUAUGUUGUUUGUUGCGAGACUCGAUAAACACCAGGGCUCAGGAUGACUCCACCACCAACAAACUGACGCCCGAAGUCCUAUCACCACCGUCCGAACCGAGCCAGGACACUCCGUGCUCCAGCCAGGCAUCCACUCCGAAGUCCCGGUCGGACAGAAGCGCAUCCCGAGCGCAUGGGGCUAGCGUAGGAGAGAAGACUCUGAAAGUACCCGGAAAAUCCAGGAAGGGCUCGCUUAAAAUCCGCCUGAGUAAACUUUUCAGAACUAAAAGCUGUAGUGGCUCUAACAACAUUUUGGACAAAAGACCUUCAGUUACGUUCUCCAUAUCCUCAGCUUGCAGUUUAGUUGACAUGUCAGGACAGAGUGGUGGGGCAGAAGACACGGGCAGCCAACCUGGACUAACAAGGGCACAAAGUGCCUUCUCUGCAGCCUCUUUUGCUCCUAUUUUCACAGGAGAGACUGUGUCCUUGGUUGACGUGGACAUCUCCCAGAGAGAGAGGAACUCCCCUCACCCUCCCACUCCACCACCACCUCCACGCCGAAGCCUCAGUCUGCUAGACGAUAUAGGUGGGCCGCAGCCUGGGCCUUUCCUUGUGAGUGUUAUGGGGGCCUCCCUGCAGUCUCUCCCUCUGCCUCUUCCUCCUCCUCCCCCUCUCCACGCUACCAUCCAGCAUAGUCUCAGCCUCAAUGAUGCUUUCUUCCGAGCACUUCCUCAUUCGGCCCCAUCAACAAUGGAGACUCAAGCCGCUGCCAGAGUUGCCCCGCCCCCGAUUAUUUGUCCACUGAGAGGGGCUGAUUCCAGCAGCUUCACUGCCAGUCUGAGAGAGCUGGAGCGGUGUGGCUGGUAUUGGGGUCCGAUGAACUGGGAGGAUGCUGAAAUGAAGCUAAGAGGAAAGCCUGAUGGCUCAUUUUUGGUGCGGGACAGUUCAGACCCACGUUAUAUCCUCAGCCUCAGCUUUCGCUCACAGGGAGUAACGCAUCACACACGCAUGGAGCACUAUAGAGGAACCUUCAGUUUAUGGUGCCACCCUAAGUUUGAGGAUCGCUGCCAUUCUGUGGUUGAAUUUAUUGAGCGAGCCAUCAUGCACUCUAAAAAUGGCAAAUUCCUCUAUUUCCUGCGCUCACGAGUACCUGGACUGCCCCCGACCCCUGUGCAGCUGCUCUAUCCAGUCUCACGCUUCAGCAAUGUGAAAUCACUCCAGCAUUUGUGUCGUUUCUGCAUCCGACAACUCGUCCGCAUAGACCACAUCCAGGAGCUGCCCCUCCCCAAACCACUCAUUGUCUACCUGAGGAAGUUCUAUUACUAUGACCCAGAGGAAGAGAUGUACCUGUCAAUCAAAGGCAUGCGCCAGGCAGCAGGUGUGGAACAGGAAGCCGAGUCUGAAACAUAGCGAGAUCGGUCUUUUCAUCAAGGAACAGCGCAUGGACACCUCCUGGUGCACAGCUCUGCUCCAACAAUCUGCCAGUCUUCCAGCAGAAGCCAGUGAACAUCAGCAGACUGGCCCCUCCUCUUUGAUCAAUACACAGACAGAGGGAGUACAGAGGAGUGCUGGAAUACUGUAUAUGUUGAGCAGGCAAAUAAAUCCAGAGACUGAAAGGAUAGACGAUGGACUUGAAACGUCACUGGACAUCUUACUGUGGACUUAAAAAAUUAUAAUAAAUUAAACAAAAAAAAAAGGAACAUGGGCAUUUGCUUUGGGGUUCUAGCAAAAGCCGUCAUCUGUAGGUUACUUAUGGAAUAUUACACUGGAGUUUUUGAACUGGCCAGUUUGUGAAUCCUUCUCCUCUGUUUGGUUCUUCUUUCUUUUCCCAACAGGCACACUGUCCCUGACCCCAUUAUUUGUGCUUUCCCUGACUGUAACUCCUUCAGUCUGAUAAGGCCAUUUGAACUGUAUUUUGAGUAAAAGACAAAGUAAACUUUAAAAUAA